AGAGCAAAUCGAGGGUCAGUGAGAAGCCUUCAUUUCCUGCAACCACUCGGCAUGUGUGACAGCCAUGCGAGUCCGUCAAGGUGCGAGAUGGCAAGGCUUUUUUCUAGUAUGUACCAUCUUCUUCCUUCCUCUGUCUGGUGUAGAUGCGCAAGGAAAAAAUGAAUUGCGACUUGCAGACGGACCUAACCCAUAUGAAGGGCGAAUGGAAGUCUUCAGGGACGGAGUCUGGCUUAGUGUCUGUCAAGAGAAUGUCUCUGUCACUCUUGGGAACGUCGUCUGCAGAGAAUUAGGCUAUCCAGCCAAGGGCGCUGUUCUGUACUACUCCAACUCUUACGGUCGAGCUCCGGGCGAAAUACUCAGAAAGUACAUAAAAUGUAGCGGACAAGAAAUAUCCCUUUCAGGUUGCAGUUUUUCACCUCGUGACCAGACCUGUGACCCUCUUUAUACGCUUGGAGUCAGCUGUGACACAGGUGUGUCGAUGGUGCAGACAGUUCGACUUGUGAACGGAACGUCUCAGUACGAGGGUCGGGUAGAGGUCUUCAAAGCGGGUGUGUGGGGCAGUGUCACGGAUCAAAACUUCUACUUAGGAAGACCCUUGUACAACGCUCUUGCUGCCAACAUUGUCUGCAAAAACUUGUUUGGAUCAGGCUAUGGUGGAUCAGUUGUACCCAAACAAGAAGCGACUGUUCGAUUCGGAGUUGCCAGAAGGAGACCCAUCCACGUGAACAACGCCAGGUGUGAGGGAAAUGAACAGAGCUUACUGAACUGCUCCUAUACUGCUGCAUGGAUAUACGAGACACUUGAAGACAGUCUUGCUGUUGUCUGUAAACAAGGUACGUUGCGUAUUUGA